AUGGAGGAAAUAAAACCUUUUAUUAGUUCUGUGUCACAAACAAAUGAAACAAUUAAUGAUGAUCGUCCUCCUGUUCUUGAAAUACAAGAAAAUAAUUUUAAUGUUUCUGAACAACAAAAUGGAAUUAUAUAUCAAAAAGAAACAAAUAAUUUAAUUGACAUUAAACAAAAAGAUUUGAGGCAGUCAAAUAAUUGUUUUAAACAAAUAAUUGAAGAGACACCUAAUUUUAAUUCGAAUGUUUGUUGUGGACUUUGUGGUUCUAUUCUGACAUAUGAAUUGUUAAUAAAUGAACAUUUGCCGAAUAUUCAUCCAGAAGUUUUAACUAAUGGAAUUGUUGAUCUUGAAGAAAUUCCUUAUGAAGCCUGGCUUAAUGAACAACCAUUAAAUCCCUCUACUCACAAUUCUGUCCGUUCUGGUCUUGGAACUAAAUUUUCUCCGCAAAAGGUUAUUUCAAAUUUUCGACAUGUACGGUCAACACGGCAAUUACGUCGAAUUAGCCAAUUUCGAGUUAAUACUUCAGAAAUGUCAAUCCCUGAAUUGGAAUUGGUUUUACAACGAAAAAUGGUUGAAAAAUUGGGUCGAAAGAUUCCUGUUACUUUGGUAGAUAAAUUACAUGCAAAAUGUGGAAUUUGUGAUACAGUUAUUUCUUUAAAUAAAAAAUUUGAAAUUGUUCAUUUGGUGAGGCAUUUUAAUGCUUGGCAUCCUUCAACUCAUAAAUGUGCUGGUACUUGGCCAAAUAUGGAAUCAACUGAUAAUUGUAAACCUUUAAGUUCUCAAGAUUUUGCUGUAAUUGAUACAAACUCUAAUUCUAUUGACAAUCUUCAAUGUAUUUGGUGUGGAAUUAAUGAAAUUGGAAUGCAUUUUCAUGAAAUUCACCCAGAAGAGGUCGAGGUCCCAAAAUGUAAUCUUUGUAUGCAAGAAUUAUUGCUUAAUGCCCGAAUAUAUGAACGUUUUAGAGAAGAUUUUUGUGUAACAAUGCCUGAUGAAUAUACUUUUAGAAGUAUUAAAUUUAAAAGGGAUUUUAAAUCUGAACAAAAAUUACAAAAAGCAAUAAUUAAAUAUUUAAAAAGAAUUAGUGAAGGAUGUAAUCCAGAGGUUGUAGAUAUUGAGGAUUUGGAUAAUUCUGAAAUUGAAGAAAAUGAAGAGAGUGAUGAAAUAAAUAAUGAAUUACCUUCUUGUGAAGUUUUUGCAAAUAGUAAAAUGAUUUGUGGUCGUCGUGCAAAACCUAAACGAAAAUUUAUAACUCCAAUAGUUCGUCAAGCAUUUUUAGAAAAUAGCUCUUUUGUUUCUCCAAUUACACAUUCUCAUUGGAAAUGUCUUUUAUGUCAUUUAGAUAUUUAUGCUGCAGUUAUAAGUGCCGGCGUGAUAAAACAUUAUAAAAAAUUCCAUCCAAUUCAACUUCCACAAAUUCAAUUAGAACUUUGCAAAGCAAGAUUGGAUAAAAUAAGUAAUAAAAAUAUGUUAAUUUUUGGAAAUGAGAGAGACAAACAAAGAGGUACUUGUUCAAUUGAAUGCCAAAUUUGUACACAAAUAUUUCCAAUGACUCCACCUUUUAAUAUUUGUAGAGCUAUUAGACAUAUAAAAAUGAAACAUCCAGAAGUUAUGCCCGAACAUAAUAAUGGGGGUGAAUGUACAAAUAAAGAUACUACAUUUUCGCCUCCAAAAUUUGAUCAUUUAUCACAAAAAGAAACUUUAAAUAAAUUAAAUAUAGAUAAUGAAGAUGAUAUAAUUUAUGCUAAAGAAUUAACAGACCUAAAAACACUAGAAAUGUUAUCAAAUAAUUAUAAUAUUUUAUUUACUAAAGCUUUCUCAAUUUCUAAUAAAAAUAUUAAACAAAAAAUAUUUAUUUUAACACAAAACAAUGAAGAAAUAAAUGCUUUAGAUGUUGAAGAAGUUAUUAGAGUACGUGACCCUUUAUUGGAUCCAAUGGUUGUUAUUCUAAAUAAAGAUGAUAAAACAAAAAGAAAAUGUUAA